AUGCAUCAAGGCUCUUCAACGUUUUCAUCGCAGAGGGAUAUGAAUCCUCCAUUUCCAGAGAACGAGCAUCUCAAUUGCCCUCGAUGCAAUUCCAGCAACACCAAAUUCUGUUAUUACAACAACUACAAUCUCUCACAGCCUCGACACUUCUGUAAAAACUGCCGGCGGUACUGGACCAAAGGCGGCACUCUCCGUAACAUCCCGAUCGGUGGCGGCACUCGCAAAGUCACCAAACGCUCUUCAAAUCCAAACAAACGCACAUCGCCGACGACGCAACAAUCACUGCCUCCACCACCUGCAGCACCUCCACUUCCGCAGAAACAGCAACCGUGUGUUGUUUAUGGAUAUGGUGGUAAUCAGCAUAUUGAAUCCAAUGGUGGAAAUUUGAGCUCGGUGAUGGGAUCAAAUCAUGAUUUUGGAAGCAGCUUUUUGGUCAGAUUGAAUGGUAGCAAUAAUCCGACCUCAGUGAGAGAAGAAUCGAGCUGUUGGAGUCGGGGAGAGAAUGGUUGGCCUGAUCUUUCCAUUUUCACACCAGGUACUUCAGAUAAAUGGGAUGAGAUGAGCGUAAUCAGCAAGUGCUUGUUUAAUUUUUGUUGA